GGAUCUGCACUACAGAAUUAGGUGUGGAAUCCUUUGCCGGCUACACGAACAUACAACGACCGCAUUUACAGAAUGCCUCAAGCAUACUUCUAUGUAUCAGAGGUCUAGCGAUGUUAGAGGAUGCGACGGCGAUGUACCCGACUGCCACGAGACAUCACGUGGGCCUGGUUUGGUUUGCCGUUCUCGGAUGCGGGGUCUCGCAACUAGCAGUAGAGAUAACACCAAGAUUGAGCAUUGCAGUCCUUGCCGCUCCCUUAUACAGCACGCCCCCGGAAAGCCCUUCCUUUUCGCUACAGGCUUUGCCUUUACCACCUAAUCGUUAUGGUACCUUCACCAACCGAGGUCGAGUACGAACAACAACCGCGUCGGACAAGCUUACCGAAGGUACCCGGCCGUGCUGAAGACUCGAGGCACAAGUUCUCGAAGAGUCGCAAUGGAUGCGUGACGUGCAAGUCCCGGAGGGUGAAGUGCGACGAGACGAAGCCAGCAUGUAAUCAAUGUGCGCGUCGCCGCAUAGAAUGCGGUGGCUACAGGAUGGAUGUCAGGUUUAAAACCGCAAGAGAGCCGAAGAAGAACAGCGCUAUCGUCAAGAGUCCAAGACAGUACACAUUUCCAGCGAGCCGACCGAGGACAGCCAGUGGGGGAUCUAGGAAGUCACAGAUUGGCGAUAUCGCCGCCAUACCCAUCAUUGACCCUGGUGGUGCAGAUGAGUUUCAACUUCAGACAGCAUCCGGUCCAUCGCAUUCCGAGGGCAUGAUGGACCUCACCUUUCUUGAUCCUGAGAUGCUGACAUCUCGGAGCCUGCCGACUCCCCAGUCUUUGGAGCUGCUAGAGGUCGGUCUUCACACCUCACCACCGUUCUUACAACCCGAUAAUGUUCUGAAUCCGGAUUUCCCAUUACAAGACCUUGGCCAACUCUCGGCUGAAGUCAACGCGCAAUCAUACACACAUGACUACGGGCCUCCGUUUUGGAACAUCAACUACUUUCUGGAGGACUAUGUCAACUCGUUAUCUACAACACCGAUCAUGCCAGCGGAACUGGGGCUUUCUCUCGGCGAAUCUGUCGAGGAUGACGCAGUAAAUCCUCAAGUUUCAGCGAAUGAGAGAGAAAAGAUAGACAUGCUGUUCCUCAAGACCACAUGUCACAACCUGUCAAUUGAAGAAGACUCUGAGAAGAAUCCCUGGAAGACUGUCAUUUGGCCAAUGGCACGGCAAUAUCCGGCGCUGUACCACGCUCUCGCAGCCUUGACCUGCUUCCAUACCAGCAAGGCGCAGCCUCAGCUACGCACUGAUGGCCAACGGCAUCUGCACACUAGCGCGCACCUGCUCUCGGAGGGCAUCAACAAGAGCGAGAUUCCCUUGGACGCAGCACUGGCAGCAACACUAGCUUUGGGGUUCGCCGAAACCUGGGACAGCGAAUCUGCAACCACUGGCAUGACACACAUUACGGGUGCAGGCAUAUUGUUGCAACAGAUGCUGGAGAAUCGGAUUUCUGGUGCUUACACACAGCAAGAAGAAGCGCGCCUCGAGUUUCUGUACAACACCUGGACAUACAUGGAUGUAAUCGCCAGAUUCACAUGCCUAGACCUGUGCCCACCAGUCCCUGAGAGUCUGGUGGCUGCUACUGUCGGCCGUCUGGACUUCAGCACUUCGAAACUGGAUCCUCUGAUGGGGUACUGCACCUCGUUUUUCCCGAUCAUGAGACGCGUCGCAGAUCUGUUGUGCAAGGUCAGGGUCAGGAACGCGUAUCGCAACUCGCCCGCGAUUAUCUCACAGGCGCUCGAGCUGAAGCGCAUCAUUGAGGACUGGGCGCCACCCGUCGAUCUCGAGACCGUCGAAGACCACUCGCAAUUGAUGACGGACGCCAUCCAGACCGCUGAAGCCUACCGCUGGUCGACACUGAGUCUUCUCUACCAGACUGUUCCUGAACUUCCAAACCAGACCUCUUAUGGGGAACUCGCGCAGAAAAUCUUGGUCUACCUCGCAACCAUCCCCCUCUCCUCGCCCACAAUCAUCGUCCACAUUCUCCCCCUCAUCAUAGCCGGUAACGACUCCGUAGAAGCCGAGGACCGGGACUUCGUGCGCGACCGAUGGAAAGCCAUGUCCAAGCGGCUAGUGACCGGCAUCGUGGAGCGAGCCCUAGAAAUUACAGAAGAAGUCUGGAAACGCCGCGACGAUUACUGGCACGCGCGUGGCCUGUCGCGCGCGCCUGAAGACCUCGUUCAGGGCGAGGCCAUCAGCCCGACGCACAAUGCAGCCUACGGGACUGCAUCCGGGGACGGGUCGCCCAGCUCGGGAGGCUGUCCCGCUGUGGGUCCGGCGAGAAUGCCGGUCCGCAAGGUCAAUUCGUUUCCGAUUUCUGCGGCGUUUAAGAAGGGUGUUGAUACUAUUACACGAUCGGGUUCGAUCGAUUAUACGGUGCGUGGGAAUCUGCAUUGGUUAGGGGUUAUGAAAGACUGGCAGUGGCAGGUCCUUCUGGGGUGAUUCCAUGUACCUGACGGCGAGUGUGCACAGACAUGAGGAGGUACGUCGUGAAGAGCACCACCUUCUGCUGCACACUUAGGUAGUAUAGCUCUUCUCAGCUGCGUUGCCGGAAAGCAGGAUGGUUAUCAUGAAUGCAGACUUCCUCCAAACUAAGUCCACUCAUAUUUGAGUUUCAAAUUGGCCUUGUCGAAGAUGCUAUAAGUACUACCA